ACCAAUAGCAUUGCUGGGGGCGGGGAUAUACAGGUAACGUCGGAAGUGAUACGGCUAGCUAGCUGUCAUGCUCUAAACAUUUACUAUUAUUUGGGAAUAUCAUCCGAUUAAAAUAUAAAAACAGACCAAUCCCUGACAAUGCGGACAGUUGUUUUUUGUUAGAAGCAGUUAUUCAACCUCAUCGAUUUCUAAAUGUCGGACACAGGCGAGCGAGGUACUACUGGGCUAGCCUGAUCAACAAAGCAAGUCAAGAUAGCAGCUGGCUAACUCGUGAUCAACCCAAUCAACAAAGCUGGACGAGUAGCAACACAGCCGCCCGGACUGCAGAGAUUUACUAGCUCUGAGAUCAGCGGUGCUUGUAGUCGUAGGUAGUCAAAAUGUCUAUUCAAUACGAGGAACCGACAUUAGCAGGAAGUUAUGGGGUUGUAGAUUCCUUUCCAAAGGACUUUGGCUACGGAGUGGAGGAACCAGAUAUUGAAGAGAGUUCGUUAUCAGCUGACAGUAAACCAAGAAUACUGUUGAUGGGUCUUCGACGAAGUGGAAAAUCGUCAAUUCAAAAAGUUGUGUUCCACAAGAUGGCACCCAAUGAGACGUUGUUCUUGGAGAGCACUAACAAAAUCUACAAGGAUGACAUCUCUAGUAGCUCUUUUGUCAACUUCCAAAUCUGGGACUUUCCUGGCCAGGUGGACUUCUUCGACCCAACGUUUGACUAUGAGAUGAUUUUUCGAGGCACUGGGGCUCUGAUCUUUGUUAUUGAUGCUCAGGAUGAUUACGUGGAAGCUUUGGGGAGGUUACAUCUGACAGUGUCCCGGGCCUACAGAGUAAACCCAGAAAUAAACUUUGAGGUGUUCAUCCAUAAAGUUGAUGGUCUUUCUGAUGACCACAAGAUCGAGACCCAGAGGGACAUCCACCAGAGAGCCAACGACGACCUGGCGGAUGCCAGCCUUGAGAAGCUUCACCUCAGCUUUUAUUUGACCAGCAUCUAUGACCAUUCCAUAUUCGAAGCCUUCAGUAAAGUUGUCCAGAAACUUAUUCCACAGCUACCAACUUUAGAGAAUCUUUUGAAUAUCUUCAUAUCGAAUUCUGGGAUUGAGAAGGCCUUCCUGUUUGAUGUGGUCAGUAAGAUCUACGUUGCCACGGACAGUUCUCCGGUGGACAUGCAGUCUUAUGAACUGUGCUGCGACAUGAUUGAUGUUGUCAUUGACGUCUCUUGUAUAUACGGCCUGAGAGAGGACGGGAGCAGCAGUGCGUUUGAUAAGGAGUCGUCCGCCAUCAUCAAGCUCAGCAACACCACUGUGCUGUGUCUGAAGGAGGUCACCAGGUUCCUGGCCCUCGUCUGCAUCCUCAGAGAAGAAAGCUUCGCAAACAAAGGUUUGAUAGACUAUAACUUUCACUGUAUUCGUAAAGCCAUUCAUGAGGUGUUUGAAGUCGGACCGUCGGCACAGCGGACAGGAGUUCUGCCUCCAGGCUCGCCCGGUAACAGCUUGGCCAAUGGGAAAUAUGCUGCAUUAAAUGGAAAUGCUUUUUAGAGGACCUUACAGAAGGAAUGGUGUCACCUAAAUAGAAAGCAGUGAAGUCAACAGAGAUAUAAACAAUCUGUUGUCCAAAGUAGAGAGAGGUUAAUAAUAAUAAAAAAAACCUAAACGAUGUUGAAUUAAGAUUUAUAAAAAGGUGGGGUGAACUACAGAAGCUGUUAGCUUCUCUUGGGAUGUUACUUGUUGCAUUAUUGAUGAAUGAUGGCUCCAUCUGAGGGACUGCUAAAAAGGCAGACAGAUACAAGUCAGUUCACAGAGCUGUUGUGCUGUGUUGUCAUAUUGUUGUUACAGUAGAAGUGGGAAGCUGCAUUAUAGGAAGAUGUAGCUGAAAAGUUUACCACAGUAGUGGAACUUAAUUGAAAUUCACUUGUCAGAUGUCAGGUUUUUUUGGGCUAGCUGGGAAUCUUUUUUCCCCUAGAGAGCAUUCCUUUCAUAUGUAAUUGAUUAAUGUAACCAGCAAACAUAUUUUUUUCUACUGUCAGUGUAAAGAAAUGAUACAUUUUGAGUUUGUUUGGGCCCAUAUGUAACAAAUAUAUUUUGAAAGAUUCUUAUGAUACAAUGUGUGUUUACUGAGAAACAAUCUGUUCAGCAAUUUGGGUCCAACAAUUUUUGACAUAAUAUUAUACAAUAAUUAAUUUUCAGUUUGUAUUUAAACACAUUGUUUUUUUUUGAAACGCUUCUGCCUGACUGUGUUUUGCUCCCUAGUAUAAACUAACACCCUCAGUAAGGAAUGUAGAUCAUCACUCUGUUCUACUGUUGUAAGAGAUCAGGGUUCAGCUCAGGAUCUUCACGGACCUCUACUGUGCCAGUUCCACCAUUAGGUAGUUUUGAUAGCCAGUGUUUCAGCUGGAGGACUAAUGGGUGCUGGUGUUGAUGGAGUCACAGGUCACUCAUUUGGUCACUCCAGUCGUAUUUGUGACACUUUGACAGUUUAUUUUAUGUAUUAGUCUAAUGAACACAUUGCCAAAUCUUUUCAGUGCAAGACGUGUAACAUAUGUACAAAUAUCUGUUGCCAAAAGGUUGUGUGUUUUUCAGUUUCUUUUUGUGCGAUAGAGUAAUAUAAAAAUAAAUUUUGCUGUGAUUGAUUAAAGCGCUUUAGUGAUUUAAAGCUUUUGAGAUACAAGGGAAUGUGAAUUUCUUCCACGAUUUGGUCUGAAAUUGUGUGAAUAAUUAAAAGUAUUUUUGUCAUUUGAA